AUGCCAAUCGGCUGUAGAUUUUACAAACACAAGUACCCAGAAAUUGACGAUGUCGUUAUGGUGAACGUGCGAAGCAUCGCCGAGAUGGGGGCUUACGUGAAUUUGUUGGAAUACAACAACAUCGAGGGAAUGAUACUUCUGAGCGAAUUGUCAAGAAGACGUAUUCGUUCAAUCAACAAACUGAUCAGGGUUGGAAGGAACGAAUGUGUGGUGGUAAUUCGUGUAGAUAAAGACAAAGAUGGUCAGGGACUGACUGGUUGGGUCUCCACAUGUAUUUACAAAGCAUGGUGGAGCUCUCAAGACAAUCCAUCCAGUUGCAGCAAGGAGGAUUUGAACAUUUGA